UUCCAAUUGCUCACCACAAUUUAUUUCUGACAGCUAUCGGAGCUCAGCUGGCAGCCCUGUCUCAACAAAGUGUCAGACCCUCGACGAUGACGGAAGAGUUCAGGGUGCCUGACAGCAUGGUCGGCCUCAUCAUAGGCAGAGGAGGUGAACAAAUUAACAAAAUACAGCAGGAUUCUGGCUGCAAGGUCCAGAUUGCGCAUGACAGCGCUGGCCUUCCAGACAGAACAGUUUCUCUGACUGGCUCACCAGAUGCGAUACAGAGAGCCAAGGCCCUUAUUGAUGACAUAGUUUCAAGGGGUCACGAGACACCUAAUGGACAGUCAGGUUCCAUGCAGGAAAUGAUCAUUCCGGCAGGCAAGGCCGGCCUUAUCAUAGGCAAAGGAGGAGAGACUAUCAAACAGCUACAGGAGAGGGCUGGAGUCAAAAUGAUUCUUAUUCAAGAUGGCUCCCAGCCACCCAACAUAGAUAAACCCCUACGCAUCAUUGGAGACCCCUACAAAGUGCAGCAAGCAAAGGAUAUGGUUAAUGAGAUUCUACGAGACCGUGAUCAUGCAGGCUUUGGAGACCGGAGUGAAUACGGGUCAAGGAUGGGAGGAGGUGGAGGCGGUGGCGGCGGCAUAGGAGGCGACGGCGGUGGUGGCAUCGAUAUCGCUGUUCCCCGUCACUCUGUUGGGGUUGUUAUUGGCCGAAGUGGAGAGAUGAUCAAGAAGAUCCAGAGCGACGCUGGUGUGAAGAUACAGUUUAAACCAGAUGAUGGUACAGGUCCUGAAAAGAUAGCCCAUAUUAUGGGGCCACCAGACCAGUGUCAGCAUGCAGCAUCAAUCAUCACAGAUCUGCUGCAGAGCAUCCGCGCACGAGAAGAGGGCGGACAAGGGGGACCCCAAGGUCCUGGUGGAGGAAUGUCCCCUGGUGGGCGGGGUCGAAGUAGAGGCCAGGGGAGCUGGGGUCCUCCGGGAGGAGAGAUGACCUUCUCCAUUCCUGCCCACAAAUGUGGGCUUGUCAUUGGCAGAGGAGGAGAGAAUGUCAAGUCCAUCAACCAACAGACUGGUGCAUUUGUGGAGAUAUCUCGUCAGCCACCACCAAACGGCGACCCCAACUUCAAAAUGUUCAUCAUCCGAGGGUCCCCGCAACAAAUUGACCAUGCAAAGCAGCUCAUUGAAGAGAAGAUUGAGGCUCCAUUGUGUCCAGUGGGCGGUGGGCCGGGUCCAGGCGGGCCAAUCGGUCCUUAUAAUCCAAACCCUUACAAUCCAGGACCUCCUGGUGGUGGUUCCCACGGGGCCUCGCCUGGUGGCCCCCAGUACUGUCCACAGGGUUGGGGAAGUAACUACCAGCAGUGGCAAGCCCCAGGUCAACAUGACCCCAGCAAGGCGGCGGCUGCAGCAGACCCAAACGCAGCAUGGGCGGCGUACUAUGCACAAUAUUAUGGCCAACAGCCAGGAGGUGCCAUGGCAGCCCAGGGUCCUGGACCCGCCGCAGCAGCUCCAGGGGAUCAGGGCCAAGCAUCACAGGCCUCUGGGGGCCAGCCGGACUACACUAAAGCUUGGGAGGAGUACUACAAGAAGAUGGGCAUGGCCCAGCCAGCCGGAGGGGCUGGAACUGCCCCAGGUCCAGCAGCCACCACUGCGGCAGCAGGCGGCGCUGCAGCUGGAGGCCAGCAGGACUACAGUGCUGCCUGGGCUGAAUACUACAGACAGCAGGCUGCCUACUAUGGACAGCCUGGUCAGGCCCCUGGACAGGGAGCUCCUUCACAGCAGGGACAACAGGCCCAGUAAACAAUUGGCUUGGACCUUCGGAAAGGUUGUGAUGGCUCUCUGGACCUUUUUUUUUUUUUUUUUUUUUU